AUGGAGUCAGAGACAUUGGAUGGUGGUGACAUGUCUUCUCCUGAUACUAUUCAUCUCAACCAAUCUGGCCCCACUGAGUUUGUAUUCCGAAUGCUCACCUCUUCCCCCAAGAUCCAGGCCCUCCUCUUCUGCUUCUUCCUUUUUCUCUAUAUAAUGAUUCUCUGUGGGAACAUGGCCAUUAUCUGGGCUGUGUAUACACACAUCUCCCUGCAUACCCCCAUGUACUUCUUCCUGUCCAACCUGUCCUUCCUGGAGAUCUGUUACACCACUACAUUGGUACCACUGAUGCUCUCCAACAUCACUGGGGCAAGAAAGCCCAUCCCAUUGGCUGGCUGUGCAACCCAGAUGUUCUUCUUUGCUACUCUUGGCAGCACUGACUGUUUCCUAUUGGCUGUCAUGGCAUAUGACCGCUAUGUGGCCAUCUGCCAUCCCCUACAAUACACUCUCAUCAUGACCCCACAGCUGUGUACCCAGAUGGUGGCUGGUUCCCUGGGCCUGGCUCUCUUCCUUUCCCUGCCACUCACAUCAUUGGUUUUCACCCUGCCCUUUUGUGGACACUUCCUAGAGAUCAACCAUUUCUUCUGUGAUAUACCACCUGUACUACACCUGGCCUGUGCUGACACUCGUGUGCCACAGGCUGUCCUCUAUGUGAUAAGCAUCCUUGUACUGACCAUCCCCUUCCUGCUCAUCUGUGUCUCCUAUGUCUUCAUUGCCAUCACCAUCUUGCACAUCCCCUCAGCUGAGGGGCGCCAGAGAGCCUUCUCCACCUGCUCUUCCCAUCUCACUGUGGUCCUGCUACAAUAUGGCUGUGGCAGCCUGGUCUACUUUCGACCCCCAUCAAACACCACUGCAGAUGAGGAUUGGCAUCUUGCCUUAGUCUACACCUUUGUCACUCCCCUUCUCAACCCCAUAAUUUAUACCUUAAGGAACAAGGAUGUCAAAAAUGCUCUGAAAAAAGCUAUGAGCCAAAAGGCAGCCUCUGAGAAUCUGUGA